CAAUGGACGCAAUCACAAUGCGGAAGUUAACCCUAACUAUGGCAGUCUUGCUGAUAGUUAGCGGGUGUGAGGCGCUCCUAGUUUUUCUUCCUCGCCGAUCCCCAUUCACUGUAAUUUCGACUCGAUCUUCCACGAAUUCGGCUGGGUUGCUUCAUCUGCAUAGCAAAGCCAACGAGUCGGAUGGUUUGGAAGGGAAAUGGAUCAAAGUGUCUUCCGCUCUGGACGAAGGUGUCGAUGCAGCGAAUGAAGAAAAGGAAGGCGCCUUUCUGUCAAGCGAUUACAACAGCAUGAAUGGUUACAAUACUGAUCUAAAUCGAUACCAUACCAUGUUGCGUGAACGGGGAACAUUCGUGGAAGCGCUCUUCGGACAACGCCGAUCGUUUGUUAUUGCUAAGCGUGAUGGCGACGAAAAUGAGGAUGGAUGGCGCGACAUGCGACGUCAAAGGCGUCCACUUUGGAAACACUUGCUACGAUUACCCAUUUCGGUGGCCAAAAACGUGCUUUGGAAGCCUCCCCAGCCAGGGACAUUGAUUUUGAUUCGCCACGGACAAUCCGUGUGGAAUUCCAACAAAACUUUUACGGGGUGGGCGGAUCCUGAUUUAUCAGAACUCGGCUUGCGAGAAGUCGAGCACGCUGCACGAUUGUUGUUGGAAGGUGGGUACGAGAUUGAUGUGGUCUUUACGUCCCGUUUGAAGCGAGCAAUCCGAUCCGUCUGGAUUAUUUUGCAAGAACUUGAGGAGGUAUAUUUGCCUGUCUUUAAAAGUUGGCGACUGAAUGAACGCAUGUACGGAGCUCUAACGGGUCUGAGCAAAAAAGAAACCGCCGAGCAGCUCGGUUCCAGUAUUGUGCAGGAAUGGCGAGGCUCUUUGAAGUCGCGGCCUCCGGCCUUGACACCAACUCAUCCGUUUUGGCCGGGCAAGGAUCGCAAAUAUGCGGACUUGUCGUCUGAUCAAAUACCGAUGACGGAAUCACUCAUGGAUUGUAUGGAACGCACAGCACCAGUUUGGGAAGAUAAAAUCAUGUACGAACUGCGCAAAGGUCGGAAUGUCAUGGUGGUAGCGCAUGCCAAUACACUGAGGGGGCUUGUCAAAACAAUCGAUGGUGUCAGCGACGAGGAUAUCCGAGAGGUUGCGAUUCCAACAGGUAUUCCAAUCAUUUACAAAUUUGAUGAAAACAUGAAGUCAAUUCCUCCAGAAGGUGAUCGACAGACCAAAAGUCAGAUUCACAUGAAGGGAUUGUUUCUUGAGCAACCCGGGUUACUUAAAGAAGCUCUUGCUCGGGAAGAGGAGUGGUCAAAACAAGUCCCAGGUUAUAACCCAACCAUGGCAAAAGAGACAUCGAUGACUUCUUUGGAGCGGAGCUUGUUUAAACUACAAGCAGAGCGAGAAAUGAACGAAUGGGCAGGUCAAUUCAUCGAUCCGGACGCUCCACAUGAAGACGACGGGAAUGAUGGGAAUGAAGGCAAACCGAUGCAAUGGCAAGAUUCUAUCUGGGCCAAGGGGAUGAACAGUGUGAAAUCUGGAGAACCCUUUGAUCCGGACACAGUCGACUUUCACGAAAAUAAAGAUAUGAAGCAUGUAGAUGAUCUGGAAGAUGUACCGUCUGAGAACGAGGUUGUGGCAAACAUGGUAAGAAAUCAACCCUGUAUCACCUCAUUUCCAAGCGCUUACAUGAUUCCUGGUAUGGGCAGCGUACCCGUUCGCCGGGACGCUGUGAUUGUCAUAAUUCGUCACGGCAAGACGGAACACAACAAACUGGGUCUAUUUACAGGCUGGGAAGAUGCCCCUCUAGCUAGGGAAGGUGUCGAUGAAGCGCGCGAAGCCGGUCGUCUUCUCAAAGCACACGGUUUUGAGUUUGAUGUUGUCUACACAAGCUGGCUGUCUCGAGCAAUUGAAACUGCGUGGCACGUGAUCGAUGAAAUGGAUGCCUUGUGGUUGCCGAUUGUGAAAACAUGGCGAUUGAAUGAAAGGAUGUACGGGAAAUUGACUGGCUUGUCAAAGCAAAUGGUGCGUCAACGCCAUGGUCCCACUCAGUUUAAGAAAUGGCGUCGGGGAUAUAAGGACCCUCCUCCGCCUGUAUCAUCUUUCUCUCAGCACUAUCCUGGGAACGAUCCGCGGUACGAAAAGUACUUAAACGAUAUUCGAUAUUCUGCUAGUGAAAGUAUUAUUCGCAGUAUCGAAAAGGGUAGACCAACGCUGCACCGGAAAUUGCCGAAAUCGGAAUCCUUAAAGAAUUGCAUGGAUAGAACCAUUCCGUUCUUUACCGAGCGAAUUGUUCCAGAGGCCAUUGAUCAAGGUAAACGUGUAUUGAUUUCUAGUAGUGAGAACGCAAUUCGCGGUUUGCUUAUGCACCUUUGUGAGAUACCUGAAGACAAGAUUACAGAGCUUGAGAUCCCUAACGGCCUUCCUCUUGUAUUCGAUUUGCGGUCAAAGUGCGUGAAGCUGCUAGAUGAUGGCACCGGGCGCGAUCCAUUGGAAGUCCACAACUUUGGGAAGGCGGCAAGUUAUCUCUUUAGACCGUGCGAGGACGAAGACGGAAAUCCAGACGAAGAGUGCGAUAUUCGGUUUGCCACUGAUGAACGAUUCGUCCUAACGAACGAUGAUCAUGCUACUAUUGCGGCUAUCAAGAAGCAAAUUGUAUCACGUAACGAAGCUGUCCUCGCUGAAUAGGAUGUGCAGUAGCUUCGCAUUUGUAUGGAAGGUUUUAUCAUCCAUUGCGAAACGACUUCGCAUAAAGCUGGACUGAUCUUUGGCUGGAUGACAACAAUCACGAGUAACAGAUCUGCAGCUUGACCCUUCCUUU